UGACACUGAUGCAACAGGAACAAACAGCAGUGGCAGCAGACGGAGGAUCCUCCAGAACACAAGGAUGACUUUGAUCUACUCAGUGAUUCUCUGCCUGUUUUUUAAGGCCAGGAUCUGCCAGCUACAGUGUGUCAAAGAAACUCUUGACGACACAGAGUUUUCAAUCAAUGUGACCACACACAUUGAAGUGGAAGCUGGCGACUGCAUCUGGAUCCCAUAUGAAUUCACCUUUCCAACAAACAAAGUUACAGCUCCAUAUAGAAAGAUUUGGUUCAAAGGAGAUCCACAGAAUACAAUAAGCGCAGAAGUUGUUGACACAGUAGAAUCUGAGACAAAAGACACUUCAAUCCUAGAUGGCCUACCACGAGGAGAAUAUGAGUUUGGCUUCAAACUGGAAUGGGAAUGUAAUCAGACGUACAUCUUUCCAAAGAGGGUUCAGAUCUCAGUUUCUGCAACAACCCACACAGCAGAUGUGACCGUUCCCUCCAUGGAGGAGGGUCGAGCAGCCACACUGCGAUGUGAUGCGUUUCCUUUGUGCACUGUUAAAGCAAAUAUCCACUGGAAAUGGACAAAGGCUGGUGGACAGCUUGGACUUGAGAGUGAUGAUGAUGGUUAUAAUUAUGAUUAUGGUGAACGUUAUCUAUUUAGCAUUUUGUUUGGUGCAAGGUUAACCCUCACUCCUACAGCAGAUCACCACAACACCAACAUCACAUGUGUGGCAGAUUAUGGUCACAGUGUUGUGGAGACAACUGUCACCUUAGAUGUGAAAUUUUCCCCCAAAAUCCUAAACAGUUCCCAGUGCAUGGUUGAAGGAAAGCUCUUGGUCUGUGUGUGCAUCAGUCGGGGGAAUCCCCUGGCACCCAUCACCUGGCCUUCUCUCACAGACUUCACAGUCACCAGCUCUAGCAGCAUCCAGACAGUGAACAGCAUCAUCACCAUGUCUGCUGCUGACUACCACGACACCAGUGUCAAAUGCAUCAGCAGCAAUGAACUGGGUCGGGCCCAGGUUGAAAUUCCACUCCAGAACUACACUGAAAACAGACUGAACUAUGAGUUGGAUUCAAACCACAGCUCUAAUGCAGUCCUCCCCUGGAUAAUCACUGGUGUGUCUUUAAGUCUGAACCUGAUCCUCCUCACCAGCCUGAUCAUCUGCAUCAAACGCUGCAGGGGGAAAAGUCAACAGAGGGAACUUGAUGAAGACAUGAACACUUAUGCUUCCCUGAAUCAGCCAGAUGUUGGACAAGAAUACAGUGUUAUUUCUCCACGGACCAGGGGCGUAUCCAGGAAGGGUCCUGGGGUGGCACGGGACACACCUUAAAUUUCAUUGGCCACCCCAUGUGCCAAUCAUUAUCCCACAAUGUGCUAUCGACCUGGUUGGGGCAGAACCAUAGUUCAUAUUGUUGCUGUAUUGCAGAUUUGAAGUUCUGCACAAUUUUGUGAACACACAUGUUUAUUAAUUUUAAUUUUGUUUUCAACUGAAGCUUUCAAUUUUCUUAUAUUUGUAUGGUGAUUAUGGUAAUUACUUUUAAAGUUCUCCUUUUCCAUGUUGAGACCCAUGUUUUCAGUCUAUGUUUUGCUUUCUGUAUCAUGACUGUACAUGACUUUGACACUGACCAGAUGCUGGGCGGUCAAAUCACCAGGGUGGGAUUUACAUUUCACCUCAGAGAUAGUUUUCUAUCUUGUAUGUAAAAAGACAUUUUUGAGUAGUAUGACAGUAACAGCUGAAAUACAUGGGGCACAGAUGCAACACGUCAGGUAGGCAGGGCGUAGCCAGGUUUUUAACCUGCUCCACAGACUGUGUCUUUUCAGUGUGUGUGGUUGCUGCCAGCUUCAAUGUGUGUGCAAUUGAGCUUUGCCAAAUGAUAAUGCAGUUGGUUUGGAAGUGUGGCUAUAUUAACUGGUACUGAAUUAAUAAGCCGGAUUGUUUUAACUACAGGAUGCAGUGGUUUAAUUGAUUUAUUUUAAUGUAAAAAGGUUGCUCUGCUGCUUCACAAUCCCUCAGAGGUAUUUAUUUAAAUCAUUUCUAAACAGACUGUACUCGUAUUUUACACAGUUCUAUGUAGCUUUUACCUGCUGGAAGGCCACAGAGCUGUGCGUACAGAAAAAGUAUUAGUAGUACUAUAAGUAGCACGGUGCCACGUGGCCAAGUGUGAUUUCUGAUUUUAUUUCUAUUUUGGCUGUAAGGUGUAAAAUACUUUUUAGACGUGAUAUUAUCAGUGAAUAACUUCCUGUCAGAUCACGCAGCACCAGAGAUUCACACUAAAGGUUUGAGUGUUUUUGUUCAUCGGCUAAAGUAGCUUAUAUUUUUUAAAGACAAAAUAACGUAUGGACUAAUUACAAGAAGUAGCGCCUCCUCCAGCAUGAGAAAUGGAAGUGUUAUAUUGAUCAUUAAAACUUUGUACAUCUCACCUUUCUACAUUUUGCUAAGCGCACAAACAGAUGUUCCUCAAAGUAUGUGAACGUUUUUGUCUCAGCCCCAUUACCCCAUACUGUAACCUCAGAAAUGAGGAUGUAUUAAAAGGAGACAAAUACUGGUUGCUUAAUCUUCAUAUUUAACACAGAAACUAAAGAUGACACAAUUUGGUUCUAGGCAUUAAAGAAUAUACUGAUG